AUGACACAAGUAUUCCUGAAUAACGAUUUAUUUUCCUAUAUGAAUAUGUCUACAUCGGUGUCAGCAACGUGGCAUAAUGCUACAGGUAUAUUCGCUUCUUUAUGCUUGAUAUGCGGCGCAAUAUCGAAUGCUUUAGUUAUCUAUGUCUUUCUCAGAAGUUCAAGCUUACGACAACCGAGAAACUUCCUUCUUAUCAAUCUUGCUGUGACUGAUCUGGGACUACUUCUGACAACUAAUAUUUUGCAUGCCAUCGCAUCGUUUAAUAAGCAAUGGCCAUUUGGAAAGAUAGGUUGUGACUUCUAUGCAUUCUCCGGUGGUCUUUGCGCUUUCACAUCGAUUGCAACAAUGGCAGCAAUCGCUCUCACUCGACUCGUCGCUGUCAUCCGACCGUUCAGUUCAUUGAAAUUAACUACAAAUGUCACAUUAAAAUGUAUUGGAUGUUGCUGGCUGUAUGGUUUGAUCUUGAUGGUCGCGCCUUUCUUUGGAUGGAGUCGGUUCGUGUUUGAAGGGAUUGGCACGAGUUGUACAUUUGAUUAUGUGUCGAAAGAUGUGUGGAAUCGAUCGUUUAUGUUGAUAUUAAUAGUUGUUGGAUUUUUGCUUCCAUUGACAAUCAUUAUUGUGUCAUAUGCAUAUAUCGUGCUGCAACUGUCGAAGCGUAAUGAACACAUCAUGUGUCGAACUUACCGAAAGCAAAAGUUACGAUUACAAUUCAAUAUUCGUCCGACGGCAUAUUAUAUGAUGAACAAUUGUUCAUUAUUUGAUGAAGUGUCUCGAAAUAGUUCAGUUAUUCCCUUGUCAAUGAGUGGCCAUCAGAUAGUUCGAGUGAGUGCUUACACCGAAGCCCGUGUCGUUCGUACUGCAUUAUUGAUCUGUACUACUUAUUGUAUGGCUUGGACACCUUACGCAAUACUCACCGUUUUAUCUCAAUUUGGUUUUGAUCAUUUGAUAAAUGCUCACAUAACAACUAUGCUUGGUUUGUUCACGAAAACAGCAGCCUGUGUGAAUCCUUUCAUAUAUGCACUUUCGUCCUCAGUAUUUCGACGUCAUCUCUUUCAGCAAUCAGAAUCUCCACGGUAUCAUGUUUCAUUAUCCGAAAAUAGUUCGAAUAGACGAAAUCUACUCGUUAAAGUGAACGAAUAA